UUUACGUCUCUGUCAAAAAUUGGCCGAAGUCGGGUGGCCAAAUUCCUGACUUCGAGUCAACCUUCGUGUGCUUCGUGUUUUGGCUUGUCACGUAAAAUAUUUCACUGUUCUCUUUAACCUCACAAAGUGAAUCCAAAACGCAAAGACUGGCAAAAGACGAUAAAAGUGUCAUGGAGAAAAAUUUUUAUUGUAAACCACUGAAUGACAACUUCUCACAAUGCACUCUUUGUGGUGCAGUGAUACACACUGUACAACGAAAUCGCUAUGCCCAACAUUGGGCAAGGUGUCCUAAAGCCGGUAAAGAUCCUGCAUUGCCAGAAAGUGUCCUGAAGCCGGAUAAGUUGAGUCAUUUUGAUUCCAAUGCAAGCUCCGUAGAUAAGAGUCUCAAUAGUGUUACAAGAAAAAGAAAAUCAUAUUCUCCCAAGAAACACGAUUAUAUGAGUUCCAAAGAGGUAUCCAAGGUCCUGGCUCUCGAGUUGGCGAGAAAUAAGAAACCUUACGCAGACGCAGCAAUAUAUAAAAAUAUAUUUGCAACAUUAUUUGAGAAGAUGGGCAAGAGUGAAAGUGCAAAAUUACUCAAAGAGAUUCCUUGCUCAAGUACAACAAUAAUGAGACAUACUUGCAAACUUGCUGAUGAUGUGCGGGAAUCAUUGAAACAAAAUCUUAAUAUGUGUGACACGGUGUCCAUUUGCUUGGACGAAACCACAGACAUUACAGAUGAAAGUCAAAUGUUAAUAUUUGUUCGCGGUGUAUAUCCCAACGGAGACACAUUCGAAGAAAUGUUACAAUUGAAAAACCUUAAAUCAAGGACCACUGGAGCUGAGGUUUAUCAAGUUGUCAUGGCUACACUAGAAGAGUUUGACCUCAUAGACAAACUCUUCAGCAUAACCACGGAUGGGGCUCGCUCCCUAUGUGGACAUCUCACUGGCCUCUACGGUCUUAUGUCGAACGUAAUGCCUGGAAUACGUCAUUACCACUGUCUCAUUCACCAAGUUGCCUUAAGUGCUAAAUUUUUGUCCAACCUACCAGCUCCCAAACAAGCAAUUCGAAUAAUUAACGGUCUCAGAGGCGGACACAAUUCAUUAACUCAUAGGCGCUUGAAGAGAUACCUGGAGGAAAACAAGGCUCCAAAAAAAGACCUUCUCUUACACACGGAAGUGAGGUGGUUAUCCCUAGGCAAGGCAUUAAGGCGGCUAUUUGACUUAAGAAAGGAAAUAGGUUCAUUUGCUCAGAAAAAAGAUGUUAAGAUCUGUGAAGAAUUGAAAAGGAUAAUAAAAGAUCAUGAGUUCUGGAAACAAAUAGCCUUUUUCACGGACAUCACUGGGCGCCUCAACGAUUUGAAUCUAUCACUUCAGGUAUAUUUUUAUUUUUUACAUCUACUCGAUAUAUCUGGAAGAUUAUGUAUGGAAAAAUAGGAGAAAAUGAAUUAAUCGUGAUAAUAGUGGUCUUUCAUUAGCCUGUAUAAGAGUAAAGCGUGUCCGGGAUUUAAAUGCAAGUUUUCGACAUGAUGAUAGUCACAAUAGGAAUUGAGUUUUGCUUUGAUUUUUUUUGACUUUUUAAGAUAAUUUCGUCAGCUUUUCAUUUCUGAAAAAAAUAUUGAAAAAGGUUAUGUUUUGGCUGAGAAAAGUGAUAAAAAUGGAAAACCUGCGCAAAUUGAUCGUGGACACGUACCUAAAGAAUCCAAAAGCGAGCUAUUUUGAAAUCGGAAGGAUCACCGGAAAGUAUCCAUCCACGGUGCGAAGGGUUAUAUUACGGUUCAAGGACCUCAGGACUGUUGUUUAAAAGACAGGAUGUGGCAGAAAACCUGGAGCUGUAGACAAGAGGAUGGAGAAGAGAGUGUUGGCGCUUUUCCAGAAGCAACCUUGCCUUUCAGUCAGAGAUGUGGGCAAAAAGCUGGGUAUCUCCAAGAGCUUAGUGCAGAGAAUCAAAGAGAAUAACGGAUUGAUAACGUACAAAGCUCAAGUUGCUCCCCAUCGCACGGACAAGCAGAAACAAAGUGCCAAAACGUGAUCGAGAAAUCUGAGUGAUCGAGUUUUGAAAGGCUUUCAAUGAUGCAUUUUGAUGGACGACAAAAGUGUCGUAAAAGGUGAAUUGACCCAGUUGCCCGGCCAACAGUUUUACACGGGGAAGACUCGUACGGGUGUAGCCAGCAAGUACAGGUUCAAAGAGUACGACAAGUUCCCGAAGAAAUAUGUGGUUUGGAUGGCAACCUGCUAUUGUGGACAUCGCAACGAAGAAUUUUUUGUGACAGGGCACACCAGAAGUCCGCCCCAUUGAGAAAUACUGGGGAAUUUUGAAAGGAGACUUGAAGAAGAAGGCUAAUCCAGCCAAAAAUUUGCAUAACUUCGGAAGUGGAAGAAAGUCGUCAGUGAUCGUGGGGACGACCUUGUCCAGAGCCUUCAGAGGAUAAGAGAAUGGAAAAGAAAAUGCUAGAGCUUUUCGAGAAGCAACUCAAUCUUUCCGUGCGAGAUGUUGGCAAGAAGAUGGGACUACAUAGGAGAUUUAUCCAUAAAAUCAACAAGAGGAAUGGUUUGAAAAACUAUAAAACUCAGGCAUGUCCUAUCUAGGUUCAACGUUGUCAAUCACGAUAUAUAUCGUGUAAGCUUCAUAAUCCUUGGCCCCAUCUCCGCAGCCGCAGUGAAUACAACAAAAGUCUCCAUCGCCUCUUGCGUCGAGUGAACUAUAAUGUUGAUAUCGUCAACAUAAGCAAAUAUAUUGGAGCACCUGUAAUAGCAGAGUAUGCAUGUUCUUGCAUUGCACCCAGAGACUGUAACGGAAUAUUCCAGCACAAAGCUCAAUAUUGUGGAAAACAGGGCAUCCUUUCACAUCAGACUACUAAAAAUGCUGAAUAUACGCUGAAAAUCUCUUAUUUCUUUUGCACGACCUUUACCUGGUACAUUAAGUUGGAGAUAUGAUCAUUUUCACCAAACUGAUUUGCUUAGGUGGGAAUGGCAAGCUCACGCAUGAUGACAGACAAGGUCCUUCUUUUGAUUAUAGGCCUGUUUCAAGUCAACCAUAAUUUAUUCCUUGGACUUGGAUUCAAGUAAAGUCUAUGCUAACUUUAGUCACUGAAAGAAUUUCUUCCUUACACGAACCUCCUUUUUUUAUCGGUACUAUCUAUUAUUUGAUUUGGACUAUACUGUGCAGGUGCAGGCGCUUUUCGACUAUCAUAAAGGUAGUUUUCUCAACUUUUUGAUUUUUUUAGGCAUUCAAUAUUCCACUUCGCAACCGUUUUGUAUUUCUUAGGUGUGAUUAUUUCGUUUUGCAGACGAAACUGAAAACCUAUAUACCAGGUCAGACUUCUUUUUUAUCAUGUCUAUUAACUUUCUCGUAUUUUUGCUAGUAUCUACCAAAAUUUUGUCAGGUUAAUUUCUUGAAUUGCAUCUCUGAUGUGUAAUGAGCUACAUAUAAUAACUUUUAUAAACAUGAGCUUGACUUUUCACUGAAGAGCAACUGAAAUCUACUAUAUUAUUCUCGAAUCAUUUCUAUCCAAAAGGGUCGCAACACCAACAUCAUGGACAGUAUUCGAAAAAUCGAUGAAUUUAAGAAUAAACUCCCUAUGCUUCAGAAAGACCUCCGCAGUUGCCGUUUGGCAAAUUUCCCAUCAUGUCAGGAGUUAAACUGCGGAGGUUUUGAAAAGUUUUCUGAAGUCAUUGACAAACUGAGUGAUUCUUUCUCAUCAAGAUUUUCGUCUUACGACGAAGUAAGGGGAAUCCGACGCGACAGCUCGGAAUAUAUCCGAUUUCUCUCCGUUUACCCCACAUCAUAUUCUUGCGAGCAAGGAUUUUCAGUCCUCAAACUAACAAAAACUAAGAACAGAAGCACUUUGAAUCAAUCCAAUCUCGCAGCAAAUUUGAGGCUUAGCCUUAAAAAUACCGACAGAGCUUUCAUUGAUCACAAUGACAAAAAAGAUGAAGAUCUUGAAAAUAUUUCUUGUAUAUCAGACAGUCCCUAACUUUUAACAUGAAGAAGGAUUGAAGUUAGGAGUUUCAGGUAUUUUACAGUAGACUCUCACUCCUGCUCGCUCAAUCGACUUUUUUUUAAUUAAAUUUUUGUCAUUCGAUUGUUCCAGUUGCAUUUCAAAAAAAAAGAUUGUUGACAGUUUUUAUGUUUGAUUCAAUGUGAAGAAAAUAUCAUAAGAUUUGAUAUUGUUUCUCUUAUUUUAAGCGAGGUUUUUUAUUAUUAAUUUUUGUGGAAUUUGCAGUGAUUUUGAGUAUGUAAAUUUAAUAUGACUAAGUAGGUGAAUAUAAUGAAAUGCUGAAUUUCAAAGAGUUGCACGCCCGUAUUUCUUGAUAAUUCGGAUGACAUAUUUUACCAUAUGCUCAAUUGAGAGAGAGACAACUGUACUAUCCCUAGACAUAAUUUGCUACUAGAUAGUUUUGUAAUUAUAAAUAGUUUAAAUAGUUAAAACAUGAUUAUAUAAUAUAUAAUGAAAUAUAUAAUUGAACUGAAUUGAAUCGAUUAAUGGAUUUAAACAAUCUAAACCAGAUAUUUUAAUCUUAACGAUGAAUAAAUUAUUCUAUUUUUCUGUCUUAUAUGUUUUUUUCUUUAUAUCGCAAAAGGAAGAAAUUGCAUUGCUAAUUCAACGUUUUUACAAGAAGCCAUCUGAAACGCGAAGUUAUGUUGAGAAAAGUGCCCCCGGGGAGGUGGAGGUGGAAAUUUUGGGGAGUAAAAGAUCGUAGGAAUACAUAAUUUAUCUAUCUAUCUAUCUAUAACUGCUCUCUUUUGAGUUCGAGCAGUAAAAAUGCAUUUUACACUAUAAAGGUCC